CCUAAUAGUAACGUGCUUCGAGACUCUUAUUUUGAAAUCGCACCCGGAAGUUUAACGCCUCCGACGUCUUGUUUUGACGCUCAACAUAAACUAUUUAUUGUAAACUUGGGUCAGGCCGGAGAGACGCGGGGGACUGCAGCUGUUGUUACAGCUGACACCCUUCCAGCUGCUGGCAGGCCAGCUCUGUCCGGCUGCGAACCAACUUCCUGCAUGUGGAAGUAGGAGGAAGGGGAUUUCUGAGGCUUUAGCGGCCGCAGCUGCCGUCUGAUCGCGAUCCCCCGCUCCUCUCCGCGGAUGGUGCGGGGUGGGAUCAUCUGGAGAGGCCGUGGCAGACAUUUUACCCACGGUCUUCAGGAGCCUGGCAACUCGGACGGGGACCUCCGCGAAGACUGUGACAAAGAUUUUUGGGGAUACGAAAUGUGAAAGAAGGGCUCCACUUUUUCACCUUCUCAGUCUAAGAAGUUGCCUGAUGUGACGUGUCCACAUCCUGACACCUUCCUGCCUCGGGCAUGCCUCAGCCGGGUAUGAAUGGGAUGGAGCCUGCGUUUGGCGAGGCCUACGGGGGCCACAGGGGCCUGCUGAGCCCCUGCCCGCUGGCCAUGUCGCCACAAGGGGGCAGGACUGAGUACGAUCAGAGCGUGCUCCUGAUGCUGGGCUCCCCGGCGUCGCCACGGAAACGGCCUUUCGAGCUGCUGAGCGACCUGGUGGAUGAUGGCGGUUUUGGCGAGGACCAGCAUCCGGAGCGCUGGGACGUGUCGGCGCUGGACGAGAUGGCCCGCUACACCAAGCUGGGCCUCGGAGUCGGCGGGGAGCUGCUGGCGUGCUCCGAGGACGCCAUCUUGAUGGGCCGCUGGGGGAGGAGCCGGGAGGAGGAGGAGGAGUGGAAGAAGAGGAGGGACGGCUGCGUGGCCCCUCCAGUAACCCAGGAAGUCCAGGUCUCGGCGGCGGGGAAGGAGUCGCCGCGUGGCCCUGUUACCGUGGCAACACAGAGGGAGCUGUGUGCCGCCGGAAUGGGGAUGGGAGACGAACGCGACCAAGAGCUGUCGAGGGAGUGUACAGUGGAGGUGUAUCAGGUGGCGCCCGAGGAAGAGGAGGGGCAGGAACAGGAAGCGGCGGCGGCGGCGGCCGGGUCAGGGCUGGCGCUGGAGCACUGCAGCGAGGAACACAACUACUCCCUGAGCCAAGGAGGGGAAAAGGCGGCCAGGCCGGCGCUCAGCGCUCUGCCGGAGGAGGCGAAGGAGGCUGAGGUUCAGCAGGAGGUGCAGGGCAGCGAGGACAGCCAGGCGAACACAGAGCUGGAGGACGAGGAGGAGGAGGAGGAGGAGGAAGAGGAAGAGGAAGAGGAACAGGAGGAAGGGGCAGAGGAAACGGCGGUGGAGGCUGAACUCUCGAGCUCCUCAGAAACUGAGUGUGAGGUGGAGCCCGAGCCAGCCAGGCAGCCAGGCGAGCGUCCGGCUAAGCGUCGCUGUUUCUGGGAGUACAGACGCUCCAGGGAGUCGGCCACGAAGAAGAAGCUGGGCAGCAACGUCCACUGGUCUCUGUCCUGGAGCUCCAGCACGCUGCCCAGCACGCUGUACCGCCGUGAGGGCAAGAAAGGGCGCCGCAAAGCGCGAAAGACAGACGCCAGCGACUUGACGCCCAACCCUCAGAAGCUGCACAACAUCGGAGAGCAGCUGCAGAAGCUCAACGCCGCCAUUAAGGGCAUGGGCCCGGUCAACGACCUGCCCGCCGUGGCACGAGCGCGAUCCCGCAAGGAGAAGAACAAGCUGGCAUCCAGGGCCUGCCGGCUGAAGAAGAAGGCCCAGCAUGAAGCCAACAAGAUCAAGCUGUGGGGGCUCAACCAGGAGUACGAAAACCUGUUGGGAGCCCUGCUGCGGAUCAAGGAGGUGAUCCGACGGCGGGUGGAAAGCAGUGAGGAGGAAGACGGAGACGAACGUGGAAUGACCCAACGUCUCGAAGACAUCCUCAAAGAGUCCAGCGGUCCCCUAGUCGCUGGGCGGACCAAAGACUUUGUGCAAAGGAUUCUGGAUGCCAGCGCGAGCGGUCAGAACCAGCGUAAGGAGUCGCUGCAGGGCGGAGACGAGGCGGCGGGUUAAACUGCCCAGCGCCUGCGUUUUUUUCUCCAUGCCCUCCCAUCCCAGCACCCACCUGGCCAAGCAGCUCCUCUGCUCUCACCCUGCGCACAUCGGAGUGAGAGCUGAGCGGAGAAGAGGCUGGGAAAGAAGAAACCGAGACGGGAGGUUGUUUCCAUCCUGCUCUCCUUCAACAGCAGCACCCUGUCGCUGCAGGCUGCACCGCAAACACCACCAGGCUAGAACUGCUGCUGAUAUCUUUACUGUGUCCUGUCCGUCUGUGUGUGUGUGUGUGUGUGGGUGGGUGUAUGUGUAACAUACUGUAUGAGAGUGUAUAGUGCUUCUGUUUCCCUCCCUGUGCUGUAUUUGUAUCCCAUUGUGCCUAUGAAUAGACAUUGCACUGUUUUGUAGAUAGUCGUACGUAGUUGUUGGCGGGUGAGUGAGCCGAGGGCAACGGGGCAUCCGAGGACACAGGAAGCUCAGAAACCAGGAAGUGAGAGGAGCCCGGUUUCAGAAAACAAAGAGGUGGAUGGAUGUGUUUUCUCAUUCCUCUGGGCUCCGAUGAAAUCACUUGAGGGACCCGGAAACAGAGGAACCUCUGGAGCUUUAAGAAACCCCCGUCUCUGCGAAGUCACGUUUCUUUCAGUUCGUCUCCACCGCAUCAAAACGAAAGCAGAGCUAAAACCGAAAGUGAGAACGGCACCUUAAUUUAAGCUGACCAAAGACAACUGUAACUACUGUAAUGCUGAGACAUCACAACCAGACCAGCCGCGUCAACCGAUCACAAAAAACUAUCAGAAUACUGUGACUGUUGUCAUAUUUCUACAAGUUAUUUUUUAAUAAAGUCAUAACAUUAAAACAAUGAAGAUGCAAUUAGGGGCAGGCAUUUAUCGUAUCGUUUACAA